AUGCGCUGCCAGGUCUCGGUGCUGUAUUUCGCCAGGAGCGCGGAGCUGGCGGGGCUGCGCAGCGAGACCCUCUCGGUGCCACGGCAGAUCACCUCCCUGCAGCUCUGGGAGGAGAUCGUCAAGGUUCACCCAAGGUAUUCGGGAAAGUUACUGCUGAGGUGCACAAAGUUCAACGUGGUUGGGAGUGUUUUGGCUUGCCGUCAUCCGGAUCAGCUCCUGGUCCUGCAGCCCGGAGACGAGGUUGCCAUCAUCCCACCAAUUAGUGGAGGCUGA